GUAUGGCCCAGAGACAGCAUCCACAACCCUCGGGGAACAGAGAGACCACUGCUCCACACAGCCACAGCUCAAAACCCAGCCAGAACCUCCUCUCUGACCAUGCACGGCAAACUCGUGGCUGUCCUGGCUCUUCUCCUCGUCUCCGCGGCGCUGGCUCAAGGCAGGGCCCUGGCCAGGAUGGGGACGGAGCUGCGGUGCCAGUGCAUCGCCACGCACUCCAGGUUCAUCCCUCCCAAAUCCAUCCAGGACGUGAGGCUGACCCAGAGCGGGCCCCAUUGCAAGAACGUGGAAGUCGUAGCUACUCUGAAGGACGGCAGAGAGGUGUGCCUGGAGCCCACUGCUCCCUGGGUACAGCUGAUUGUGAAGGCAAUCUUGGCCAAGGCUCAGUUCAACUCUGAUUCCCCGCUCUAAGAGACACCAGCACAGAAAGAAUCUGGGAACUGCUCCUGCUCCUCCGUUGAGAAAACAUCUGGGAAAAGCAUCAUUCGGGCAGCGUACCAUCUUCCACCUCCUGCAUCGCUGUUAUUAUGUUAAUUACGGCGUAUUUAAUUUAUUUAUUCGUUCGUUUAUUUAUUUAUUUAAGUGCAUCUAUUUAAGAAAGUCUUUCAAAGUGGCCAGUGCUGUCCGUGGGACACGCUGGUCACUGACACUGAAGAUGCUGAGCAGGUUUGCUAAAGGAAAUGAAGAACCUUUGGCAGCUGUUUCAGCCAAACACAACCAGUUAAGUGCAAUGCACUUACCGCACAGAUUAUUUACACUAAGCCUUACUAUUUUGCUAUUAGACCAGCAAACUGGUAAUUCCUCCUGCUCCCUUGGAGUGCACUUGUAUGUUGUGUCAACAAGAGUUUCCUGCACCCCAGCCAGCCUGUGGCUAUGCUGGGAACUGUCAGUUCUGGCUUUAAAAAUCUAACCUGCAGAAUCUGUAAGACAGUGGGUUUGGUACUUAUCUACUGUGAUUUCCAUGAUAUUUAUAAAUGUAUUUAUUGAGUUGUUUCUAUGUAAGAGAUAAAACGAUGAUAAUUUAUUUAAUUUCUACUGGAUUUUCCAUCCCUACUGUUAACUUCUUAAGAAAUAUUCACAAUCUCAUUGCUCUGUACAAGGAAUUGGUUCUAUGUCUAAUUAGCUACUCAAUCAGCUAACGGAAAAAACUGCAUCUUACAUAUACAGAAUUUGCUUCUGAGUGUGUAAUUAUUCCUAACAAUGUAUUAAUAAAUGUUUUCUUAAAAAAAAAAACACCCCGUUUG